AUGACCCGGCCCCACCAGUGGCAGGCGGACGAGGAGGCCGUGCGCAAGGGGAAGUGCAGCUUCCCCGUGCGGGUGAGUGGGGCGGGGCUUGCACACGCGUGUGCGCAAGGGAGACUUGCAGCUUCCCGGGGCAGGGCUUGCACGCUCAUGUGCAUGAUGAGAUGUGCAGCUGCCCGGUGCAGCAUGUGUGCCCCCCACCCUGCUGAUGCCCCUGGCCCCCGGUUGCAGAGCGGGCGCAAGUCGGUGAAGUCGGUGCUGUGGGUCUCGGCCGACGGGCUGCGCGUGGUAGACGACAAGACCAAGGACCUGAUCGUGGACCAGACGAUCGAGAAGGUGUCAUUCUGCGCCCCCGACCGCAACUUCGACAAGGCCUUUUCCUACAUCUGCCGCGACGGCACCACGCGCCGCUGGAUCUGCCACUGCUUCCUGGCCCUCAAGGACUCGGGCGAGCGGCUGUCGCACGCCGUGGGCUGUGCCUUCGCCGCCUGCCUGGAGCGGAAGCAGAAGCGGGAGAAGGAGUGCGGCGUCACAGCCGCCUUCGACCCCACACGCACCAGCUUCGCCCGUGAGGGCUCCUUCCGUGCCCCCGGCACCCGGUCCCGGGCCCCCCCGGACAAAAAAAAAGGUACCGGCCAUGCCCCCUGCCCUGGCCCAGGGUUCCCAAGGGGGCAGGCGCAGGAGCAGGGGUCCUCAUCCCCUGCCUUGGGGGCUGCAGCGGGGACUGGGCAGGGGCGCCACGCACCCCUGGAGCAGCUGGUUCGCCAGGGCUCCUUCCGCGGCUUCCCCGCGCUCAGCCAGCGCAACUCGCCCUUCAAGCGCCAGCUCUCGCUGCGCCUCAACGACCUGCCCUCCACGCUGCAGCGCCGCGGUCUGUACCGCCAGCCCGGGCCUGUGCUGGAGAUGGAGCCCACGCCCCCCGGCGACGCCGACGGCAUCACCGCACUUUGCAGCCAAAUCGACGCCUCGCUCGGCGCCACUGCUCCCCCCGGUGCCACCGCCCCCAGUCCGCCCCUGCCUGCUGCCCCAGCCACGUGGGGGGUGCCGGCGCCGGCCCCAGACUCCGUGGCUCCCGCACCCCCCGUCGCGCCGGGACACCGGCGCACACCAUCGGAGGCCGAGCGGUGGCUGGAGGAGGUGGCCACGGCUGCCAAGGCCACACAGCCGCCGCCUCCCCUGCCUGCACCCGCCCUGGUGGGCCUGCCCGUGUGGGCGGCACUGGAGACCAAGCCCCCCGCGCCCCCCAACCCCUUCGCUGGCGACAGGCCGAAGACCUUCGAGAUCGAGCUGUGA